AUGUCGUCAAGAUCUUUCAUCGUUGCACUGCUCACCAUCUGGGCAAUUCGUGCCACUUGCCAACAGCGCGUUACUCCAACCACAAGCAUCGGGGGCUCUCAAGUCACUCCAGCACCCGUCGUUUCUGCUGCAAAUGGCAACGCCCAGCUAGCACCGCCUUCGUUCUCCGGGACUUUCACGUACACAGUGCCGACGACCAGCUGGAGCCCUCCAAGUUUUCCAACACCAGCGCCAGAUAGCAUUCCCAGCUGCAGCGAAGACCUCUGUCCAGCACUCAACGGUCAGGUCUGCCAGGAUUCCUUGGAGGCGACAUAUGGUGUGCUCUGCGACACGCGCUUCAGUGGAACCAUCAUCGUCUCCAGCGGCAAGCACAAGGACAAGGCGAGGAAGGAGAGGAGGAACUACGCAGGAUCGCUGGACAACUGCUCGGGGUUCUGUGACAUGUUCAGCGCGGCGAACUGCGUCGGGGUUGAUUACGGUUCUGAUGGGUUCUGCAUGGCGUAUGCGGAGAUCUUUGGCACGUUGGAGUCGGAUGGCGAGGUGGCACUUGUCCGACAGUCGUGA